AUGGUUCCUGUGUCUGCAUACUUUGACCUAUCAUCGGCGGUGGCCACCACCACUGACACGACAGAUGUCGCUGCACAGUACCCGCAGAACCCCACCGCUACCCAGCAUAACCCCGAUAACCAGCCCUACUCAGGCUACCCACAGAACCCCACCGCUACCCAGCAGUACCCAGGCUACCAACCUGGCAACCCUCAGCUAGGCUACGGCACACCCGCACCAUAUGGAGGUCAGCCAAUGGUCAGCGCACCUCAGCCGGGACCACCCAGCGCAUUGUUUGAACCCCCUCCUUCCUAUCAGGAUGCUGUAGGAGGAUCCCCUGUCUUCAACUGCAGUGGCGCAGCCUUUACGCCGUGCCAGCAGUCCUACCCAAUACAGCACCCAGUGCAUGCUGGGUACCAUAACCGACCAGCGUCACCGGCCACAGCACCCACUGCCUCAGCUGACUUCCUGGCCCAAACAGCCUACAACCCCAAUUAUGCCACCCCACCACCAUAAACAGUUUUGUUGCU